UCGAUGAAGAUGCACAUCUUUUGUGUUUUAUAGAUCAUGAUAUAAUUUGUGUUGCGUGUUGUGUGUUAAGUGCCGCGAGUGCAUUCAAUUGAAGAGAAAAUGCAAGAUCGUAGAUAUUAAUUUUAUAAUUAUCACAUACAAUAUAAUGCUUAUAUAACAUACAAUAUUAUUCAUGCGACUCUUUGAGAUAGUUUAUAUUGUCAUUUAUAUAGAGAGAUUAAUAUGAAUAUAUUUCACUAAUUAAAUUCAAAUAUAAAUAUAACAUUUCAUAUUGAAUAUAAUACACAUAAGUUCAAUUAUUAUUCAAUGUUAUAUAUAAUUCUUUGAUAAAUGUAAGAAGAUAAUGUCAAAUACAAUAAGCGGAAAGAACUUAUUACGACCUACAGGGUUGCAGUGUAAAAAUCUUCAAGAAUAUUUAAAAUCACGUCCACCAGAGGUGUUAAAUAAAUUAUAUCACAAUCCACCAAUUUGUUUGGCAGUAUUUCGUGAAUUGCCAGUAAUAGCAAAACAUUAUGUUAUGCGGUUAUUAUUUGUUGAACAACCUGUACCUCAAGCAGUUAUUGCCUCUUGGUGCUCUAAACUUCAUUUCGAAGAACAUCAAAAAGUAGUUUUGAUAUUAAAUGAACUGAAUGUAUGGAAAGAAGCAUCAAUACCAGGUGGGCUACCUGGGUGGAUUUUAAAUACUACAUUCAAAAAAAACUUAAAAAUUGUCCUUUUGGGAGGUGGAAAACCAUGGACAAUGUCAAAUCAAUUAGAAAUUGAUAGUAAACCUAGAGAUGUUGCAUUUUUAGAUUCAUAUGCAUUAGAAAGGUGGGAAUGUGUUUUACAUUACAUGGUUGGUUCACAACAGCAAGAAGGUAUAUCUGCUGAUGCUGUUAGAAUUCUUUUACAUGCUGGUCUAAUGAAGCGAGAUGAAGCUGAUGGAAGUCCAGUCAUUACACAAGCAGGUUUCCAAUUUUUAUUACUGGAAACUGCAUUACAGGUGUGGUAUUUCAUUUUACAAUAUCUAGAUACAAUAGAAGCAAGAGGACUUGACUUAGUUGAGUGUCUUACUUUUCUAUUUCAAUUAAAUUUUUCAACUCUCGGUAAAGAUUACAGUACUGAAGGAAUGUCUGAAGGUCUGUUAACAUUUUUACAACAUUUAAGAGAAUUUGGUUUAGUUUAUCAAAGGAAACGAAAAGCUGGAAGAUUUUACCCUACAAGAUUAGCACUAAAUAUUGCAACUGGACAAAAUAAACCAUUGUCUAGAGAUCCAGAGAAGGAAGGAUAUAUUGUUGUUGAAACAAAUUACAGGGUAUAUGCUUAUACAAACUCAAAUUUACAGGUUGCUUUACUUGGUCUAUUUUGUGAAAUGUUAUAUAGGUUCCCAAACUUGGUUGUAUCAAUAUUAACAAGAGAUUCUGUACGUCAAGCUUUAAAAAGUGGAAUUACUGCUGCACAAAUUGUAGGUUAUUUGCAGCAACAUGCUCAUAGUAAAAUGAUAGAAGCAGGUCCUCCAAUUUUACCUCCCACUAUAGUAGAUCAAAUUAAAUUGUGGGAAAAUGAAAGAAAUAGAUUUAUAUUUAGUGAAGGGGUGUUGUAUAGUCAAUUUCUCUCUCAAACUGAUUUCGAAGUGCUUAGAGAUCAUGCUCUUUCUACUGGAGUACUAAUUUGGCAAAGUGAAAGAAAACGGACUAUGGUAGUUACAAAAGCAGGUCAUGACGACGUAAAAAAAUUUUGGAAACGAUAUUCCAAGGGUUCCAGUUAGUAUAACAAAAUUGUGAUAGAAUUGUGUUUACAAACAAUUUAUAUAGAAUAAUUUCAUCUUCAAUAUAUAUAUAUUUUAUAAUAUUUGUAAAAUACGUGAUUUAUUAAAUAUUGUGUUACAUACCAAAAAAUAAUGUAUAUCAAAUUAGAAACAAAAAUACUAUGAGAGUAUAACAAACCAAAUCAUUUAAAAUAAAGAAUAACGAUCAAUUUUUA